AUGAAUAAUUCUAUCGAACGUGUUAUCGAUGAUCCACAGUCAGAUUUAUUCGUCAUUAAACCUAUCGAUGGUAAAGGUUUUGGUAUGUUUGCCAAAUGUGAUAUACAAUGUGGUACAGUUAUUGUAUGUGAAAAACCAUUAAUGAAAUUUCCAAGUUAUUCGUCGUCUAUACUCCUAGAAGCGAUCUAUGAUAAAUUAGAUUCGGAAACCAAACGUCGUAUUCAUUUUUUACUUGCGUCUCAAACAGGAAAACAUCCUCUUGUUGGUAUAUGUGAUACAAAUAGUAUUCGAUUGGCCUAUGAUUCAAAUGAAAAAGGUUUAUUUUAUUAUAUAUCAAUGGUUAAUCAUUCAUGUGAAUCAAAUACAUUUUGGAUAUGGUUUGAUUAUAAUAAUAAACAAGAAAUGAAAUUAAUUGCUGAUCGUCGUAUUAAAGCUGGAGAAGAGCUUGUUUGUUCAUAUAUAGAACGAUUUCAUUUACGUGAACGACGACACGAAAUCUUACAAAAUAAUUGGUUAUUCAAAUGUCAAUGUCAUAUUUGUGAACGACAUGAGAAAGAUAAAAAAUCUGAUGAACAAUGGGCCUCUUAUUCAAAAGACAUCGAUUUUAUUUUGGAAUAUGAUUCGAAACUAUCACAAGAAUGUAUGGAAAAAUUUUCCAAAUCACUAAAAUUCAUACAAGAACAUUAUCAUAAUAGUUUAUUACAAAUGUUUAUGUUACAUUUCGGUAUUCUUGUACCAUGUUGUAUGUUGAAACAAUGGCAAGAUGUUGUUAAAUAUUCAAGAAAAGCAAUUUGUCUUGGAAAAAUAAUCUAUGGUGAUGAUUAUGAAAGAUAUUUAAUACCCAUAAAAGAAAUCAUUGAAGCAAAAGUGCCGAUGGAAUAUCGUACUGGAUUAGAAAAAUAUUUUAAAUAA